AUCGAUCAGUCCAAUUUCGCUAUGCGUUCGAUUUGGGUGUUCGCCACGCUUGUAGUCCUAGCUAACGCUGGGAUUCUUAAGGACUCGCCAAAAGUGCGCUACGAUAACUACAGUGUCUACCAGCUGAGCAUAAAGAACAAAGUUCAAUUGUCGCUUAUAAACAAGCUGAGUGAAUUUAGCGAGAAGUAUAAUGUUUGGAGGGAGUAUGAUGAGCACUCCAAGCAAGUAGACAUCAUGGUCAGCCCAGCUGACUUGAAGCACUUUCAGCUGGUGCUCAAGCUCUAUGGCAUUAGCAGUCAGCUCUCAAUAGCCAAUGUGCAGAAGCUUAUCGAUGACGAGCAAGUAUCCAGCAGAGAUAGCGGCACGUUUGGCUGGAAGCAGUACUACGAACUGGCCGAGAUCUACGAAUGGUUGGAUAACAUUUUUUCCACAUAUCCCGACGUGACCGAAGAGUUCUCAAUUGGUAAAUCGUACGAGGGUCGAGACAUUCGCGGCAUCAAGAUUUCCCAUGGAUCAAAUAAGCCUGGCAUUUUCAUAGAGUCCAACAUCCACGCACGUGAAUGGAUCACCUCGGCCAGUGCCACCUGGUUCAUUAACGAGCUGCUAACUUCCCAGAAAGAAGAAGUGCGCAAACUGGCCGAUAGCUAUGAUUGGUAUAUUAUUCCCGUGUUUAAUGUUGAUGGCUUUGAGUACUCCCAUCGAUCCAACCGUUUGUGGCGCAAGACCCGCCAACCACACGCUACCUCGACGUGCAUUGGAGUCGACGGUAAUCGUAAUUUUAAUUCGCAUUUCAUGGAGAAUAAUGGUGCUUCGUCGAAUCCGUGCAGCGAGACAUUUGCUGGCGAGGUACCCUGGUCAGAACCAGAGACAAAAGCGCUGUCGGACUACCUAACGACCAUCAAGGACAAGUUCAGCGUGUAUCUCUCAUUUCAUUCUUACGGACAAUGGCUGCUUUCCCCUUAUGGCCAUACGGCAGACGAGUUUCCUGAAAAUUACGAAGACUUACUUCAAAUCGGCGACGCCUUUUCCAGUGCUAUCAAAAAUUUGGCCUACAGCACUGACUACGUUCAUGGCUCCACAGCUUCCGUACUGUAUGUUGCUUCUGGUUCGUCGGUUGAUUGGGUCUUUAACGAGCUGGACAAAAAAGUGGGCUUCACCAUUGAGUUUCGAGAUAAGGGAAAAUUUGGUUUUGUAUUGCCACCAGCUCAGAUUCUGGCAAACUGCGAGGAGCUCAUGGCUGGCAUGGUGGCCCUAAUCGAGAAGACAAACAAUCUGGGUUACAUAUAAUCCAAUUUUUAUUGCCAUGACACUUACUUAUCAAUAAAGUACCUCAUGUAGGACGUUAGCAAAUCA